GUUGGACCUAUCACAGCAUUGCUAACAGACAGCCUAUUACAGUAUUUAAUAAAAACAGAAACAGCGUGCCCAUCAUAGGCUAAUAAAUCCUACCUCCUGCACGCUUUAAAAACAGUAAGAAGCAGCUUUAACGGAGCUUCAGAUAACUAAUUUCAAGCAUGGCUGUCUAGCGUGCCUGUCACUCCUAUUGUCCUUCCAAACUCUUUCAGACAUUUUGAGCAGGGAGUAUUAAAGCUAUGAGUUAGCAAGGGUUGUGACAUUAAUGGUCCAGGAAGGCUUUAGGCACAAGAGGUAAUGAUGAUAACCGGUGGCUAUUUGGAGGACUGCACUGGAUCGCUGUCAUUAAAAAUUAAGCGUGGCUUUUGAGGAAGAUGUGACAACUACCGGAGGUCUUUUCGCCACUCCUCCAGGACUUCCACCGUAAGGAAAGAAGCCCCUGGACCAACAUCCUCUAAGAUGUUUAUAUGGACCAGUGGUCGGACUUCUUCAUCUUACAGACAUGAUGAGAAGAGAAAUAUUUACCAAAAAAUCAGGGACCACGACCUCCUGGACAAAAGGAAAACUGUCACAGCGCUGAAAGCAGGAGAGGACCGGGCCAUUCUCCUGGGACUGGCCAUGAUGGUGUGCUCCAUCAUGAUGUACUUUCUUCUGGGAAUCACACUCCUGCGCUCAUACAUGCAGAGUGUAUGGACCGAGGAGGCUCAGUGCACCUUGCUGAAUGCGUCCAUCACAGAAACAUUUAACUGCUCCUUCAGUUGUGGUCCGGACUGCUGGAAACUCUCUCAGUAUCCCUGCCUACAGGUGUAUGUUAACCUGACUUCUUCCGGUGAAAAGCUCCUUCUCUACCACACAGAAGAGACAAUAAAAAUCAAUCAGAAGUGCUCCUAUAUACCUAAGUGUGGAAAAAAUUUUGAAGAAUCCAUGUCCCUGGUGAAUGUUGUCAUGGAAAACUUCAGGAAGUACCAACACUUCUCCUGCUACUCUGACCCGGAAGGAAACCAGAAGAGUGUCAUCCUAACCAAACUCUACAGUUCCAACGUGCUGUUCCAUUCACUCUUUUGGCCAACAUGUAUGAUGGCUGGGGGCGUGGCAAUUGUUGCCAUGGUGAAACUCACACAGUAUCUUUCCCUGCUCUGUGAAAGGAUCCAGCGGAUCAACAGAUAAAAUCAAAGUGGAUGAGAUCAUUUUCUUUAAAGCUCAAAUACUGUUUUCUUUCAUUCUUCACCAAAGAACCUUAAGUUUGUAAUGUGUAGUCUGUUAUGAGUUCUUUAAUAUAUUCUUAUACGUAGAGCAAUAAUGCAAAAGCUGUUCUAUAUGCAAACAUGAUGUCUUUAUUAUUCAGGAAAAGAAAUAACUGUUUUUUGUUGGUUGGGUUUUUUCUUAAUCUUGGUUCAAUGCUG